UUCUAUAGUCACACAAGUUGAUUUAAGCUCAGCGGACGUAUAACAACGUGAAAACACUUACCAGAUCAUUGAAACCGAUUGGUUAAAGACUCGUUUUGAAUCUCUUUUUAAUUAACCAAAUCUUUAAGAUACAAAAAUAUUUAUGUUCUCAUAUCUACCUCUCGUCCUAUAAUUAGGCAAAUUUGACCAAAUGUGCGAAGUGUAUUCUGACUGAGACGGUCGGCUAGGCUGUACAGUACAAUGGUUUUUUAAUGGUAGUCGCCAAUCGCCAUCGCAUCUCCGGUCGGUCUCAACUAUAAUCCGAAUUUAGUUCGUGAUUUAAGUUGGAUUCAAUCAGUCAGUAAGCGGACAUCGUUCAUUUGAGAAACAUUCUUAGUGCUGUGGCUGUAGCAUUAGUUAUAUUAUUAAACUUUAGAGCGUGGUUAACGGUUAUCACAUGUUCAUUUAAAUCGAUUUCUCGAUGAUAAGAAAAAGCUGAACUAAGCUUUAUAUUGUGGGCGUGUUGAAGUGUACGAUCUUUUUCAAAACAAAAUUACAAAACAAUAUAUUGUUGUAAAUGAGUUUCAUUGUUGUUCAUGUGAAAAUGAAACCGAUUCGAUUUUUGUUUUACUUGCUCGUUAUAGUUUCUUUAAAAGUUGCGUCUUCUGAAAAAUCUUGGAACGAUGAUGGAAAAAUUCGCGUAUGUAUUGUCGAAGGCCGUGGAAACUAUAGAAAAACUCCAUUAUUCUGCCCAACACUAGAAGCUCAAACUAACAUGGAAUGUGUUGUUGGACUAGAUCGCUUGGAUUGUGUUCGACGAAUUCACAAAGGAACCGCUCAUUUUGGGGUUUUUUCUUCCGAAGAUCUAGUCGCCGCCAGAUGGGCUACCGUAGAAAUUCUAGUCACAAGCGAAUUGCGUUUUCACGAUACUCCAUUUGAGUAUGAAGUUGUUGCUGUAGUUGAUAACGAGGCUGACAUUCAUUCUGUGUAUGAUCUAAGGCAGGCUAAGCUUUGCCACCCGGGACAUGCUCUUGAACAUCACUGGACUGAAGUUUUAGCAAACUAUUUCGAAUCGCUUCUUGUGCCAAAAACUUGUGAUCCGAAUCUUUCAUUGACUGAAGAUCGAAUCCGUGCAAGUUCGAAUUACUUCGGACCAAGCUGCAAAGCUGGUCCAUGGGUUCCGGAUCCGGUUCAAGAUAGAAUACUUAAAAGGAAAUAUCCGUCACUUUGUCAACUCUGCUAUGAUCCAUACCGUUGCAGUGUGGGGGACAAGCAUUGGGGUCGUCGGGGUGUCCUCUAUUGCUUAACUAGUGGUGGAGGUGAUGUUGCUUGGGCAAGACUCGAUGAUGUUAAAAGCCAUUUUGGUUUCAGCGGACUUCAAGCUCAAGCAGAUCCAUCUGAAUACAGCUAUCUCUGCCCAGACGGACAUCUUCAACCGUUAAAUUCGUCAAGACCCUGCGUAUGGGUAUCAAAGCCAUGGCCAGUAAUUGCUGCAAGACGAAGUCAUGCAGCACAAGUUCGUGAAUUAGUUAAUGGUUUGUCUCAUAAUGACACGAAGAGCUGGCAGAAUGCCUUGCUUAGCUUGCUGGAGAGCUACCACGUGAACAUUAACCAGUUAGACAAUACAAUUCCUAUCGACGAUUAUCUUGAUCAGGCAACAGCAUUUCAAAGCGCUUACAGUUUUCCUGAGUGCAAUCCUCCAAGAUCGAUUGUUUUUUGUACCACAUCAAUUAUCCAGCAUAUUAAGUGCUCAUGGCUGCAAGAAGCUUCCCAGGUGUAUGGCAUACAACCCAACAUUCAGUGCAUUCGCUCAGAUAGCCUAGAUACAUGCUUAGAUGAUACUAUGUACCAAACAGCUGAUGUUGUCCUUGUAGACCACGAAAACCGAGUAAGGGCUCAAAGAGAUUUUAAACUUAAGCCUCUACUGUUCGAAUUUGCUGAGGAUAUGCAUGAACGCUAUGCCACUAUAGCAGUAAUUCGAAAUGAUUCUGGAUUCAAAAAGUUUGAGGACCUUUUAGGAGCCAAGGCAUGUCUUCCAUCAUUCGAGGGUGCAGCACAUUUAUCGGUUUUAGAGACAAUAUCUUCUAUAAAUAAGCAGUCCAUACCAAUUUCUGAAUACUUUUCAAGAAAAUCCUGUAUUUGGAAUCCCCACUUGGACAACGACUGUUCCCAAAAUUAUAAAGGUGAAGAGGGUGCAUUGCGUUGUUUAAAAGAAGGGGCUGACGUUGCUUUUGUUAGCUCCCUCACAUUUAAAACCUUUUCCAAUGGAACAAUGAAUUCCACUUGGAUAAAAAGCAAUGAUCGCAAAGCCUUCAAGGUUCUCUGUCCCUUUGGACCAAAUGAAAAAAAAUCCAAAUUUGAAUACUGCUAUUUACACUGGACACCUCGAGGCAAUAUAAUGGUCCAUAAUGCAACUGUCACGAGAAGAAACGAAAUUUAUAACUCCUUUCGUGAAAUGGAUCGCUUAUUUGGUAAAUUUUACAAAUCUCAAACUACACCAUUUACUAUGUUUGGUCCUUUCGAUAAAAGAAAUAAUGUCAUGUUCCGAGAUAAAACCGAUGGACUUCGUGGUGCAACGGAUCUGAAAGGAGAUCGAUCAGUUCGAUUAAUGGAAGAUAUUUUUGAGAACUAUAUUGCCAAAAAAUACCCAACUGGUGGAACACGUUCGCUUUUUAGUAUAAGUUGGAUGAUUAUAAUACCACUUGUUAUUAGUUGGUUCUUUUAAUGACCAUCACAAUGAAAACGUAACCAAUCGCAAAAGUAUUGCCAGGAAUAGACUUUUUCCUUUUAUUCUUCCUAUACAUUUUAAAUUAAAUUGUGAUAUUAUUUGUAAUAAAAAAUAACUUGUUCAACGGUA